AUGUCACCCAGAUCAUCUUGCAAGAGGAAGAAUGUCGAUGAAAGCACUUCAGAGGCGUCUCAAAGCAAAGUCAUCAAGCUUGAAAACACCCAAGCGGUCAAAGACACAGAGAAUAUUGAGUCUUUGGAGCACAUCAUAGACCAGGUACAACCCGUCGCAAAUGCUUUGAUUGAAGCCAGUGGGUUAAGCAUCAAAAUUGAGGGGCCAUAUGAGACAGGUACCGAGCUUACGUAUUUAGAGAAUGAAACCGAUGAAGCUAAUGAAGCUGAUGAAGCCACUGAAGCCCAUCAAGCUCGUGAAGCCUGUGAAGCCAGUGAAGUCAGCGAAGCCAGCGAAGUCCGUGAAGCCAGUGGACCCGACUAA